UCUCUGGGUCAAUCCUCCCUCCAGCCCACCUUCAGACUCCCUCAUCCUCCAGUCUGCUCUCUCUGGGAGUGCUCACUAACCUCACUCUGAAGAGAUGCUAUCGCCUUUUUGCUGCUCCCUCCUGCUCAUCUUUGCUCAACAGUGUUUUAGCCGGGCUCAGAACGAUGGGCAGCAGCCGGUCCCUAAAGCGGCCGAAAGGCGACAGUUCUGCCGGUGGCCCUGCGAAUGCGGGGAGAGGCCGUUCUGCGCCCCCGGCGUGAGCGCGGUGCUGGACGGCUGCGGCUGCUGCAAAAGCUGCGCGCGGCAGAUGGGGGACGCGUGCAACGAGAGGGACGUGUGCGACCCCCACAAGGGAAUGUACUGCGACUUCUCCGCAGACCAGCCGCGGUUUGAGGUCGGGGUCUGUGCUUACAUGAUGGCAGUAGGCUGUGACCUGAAUGGAGCCCAUUAUGAGAACGGAGAAGCUUUCCAGCCCAGCCCGCUCUAUAAAUGCACGUGCAUUGGUGGGGCCAUCGGCUGCACGCCGGCUUUUAUCCAGAAACCCGCGGGCCUCCUGGGCCCCGCUCCGCUGAUGGGGAAUACACCAGCCGGCCUCCGAGGAGGUCAGAGCCCCAACAAGCACCAGCAGGAGACCAACUACAUCUCAGCUUACAGGGAUCCUCCUUUAGCCUGGAGGAAGAACUGUUUGAUCCAGACCACCCCCUGGAGCCCCUGCUCUAAGACCUGCGGCCUGGGCAUCUCCGUGCGGGUCAACAACGACAACAGCAAAUGUGAGAUGAGGAAGUACCGGCGCCUGUGCCUGCUGCGGCCGUGUGACCGGAGUCUGCUCAGGAGCGUUAAGGUCCCAAAAGGAAAGACUUGUCGACCGAAAUUCCAGGCGAAACAGGCCGAGAAACUGACGCUCUCCGGCUGCACCAGCACCAAAAAGCUGAGACUGAACUACUGCGGCGUUUGCACGGAUAAGCGCUGCUGCCUCCCCAACAAGUCCCGCAUGAUCAAGGUGAGCUUCAGCUGCAAGGGGGGCUCCACCACGCAGUGGAGGAUGCAGUGGAUCACCUCCUGCGCGUGCCACCAGAAGUGCAACGAUCCGGGAGACAUGUUUUCCGAGCUGCGGCUGCUUUAAAGGGGGGAUACCGAGGCCCAGGACCCCAGCCCCCAGCCACAAACGAAGCAAUUAAAACAAAUAAAACCCUGAUUGGAGAAAGAAAACAACAACUGGAGAUCAAUAAAUAAAUGAGGAAACUUGAAGUAGUUAUGGUCAAAGCAUUUUUAAAGGUUAUUACUGGCCUGCAGUAAUCAGAGGACACUGAGCAGACACACUUGGCUAAUUAUAAAUUUGCAUAU